AUGCUUGCCUUCAAUGGCUUCGGGGAUUGGCCUGUCCCGUCUACGAAGAUCUGUUCUGUCGAUCUGUCUCGGACGCAGGGCAUCGAACAAAAUAUCAGGCUGUAUCGGAACAGCGCUGUCAUGCGCGAUGGGGUUCCCGAGUGGUUCAGGCCCGUGCUCUUCGACGGAACAGAUCGAGUCCCAUUUCCGCUGCCCACGCGGGAGCUGCAGCAGAUGCCCCAUCAGUGCGACGAGCGCACCACGGUGAUACUGCGCAAUCUGCCCUGCUCUUUCCAACGCGAAGAUCUGAUCAAAGAGAUGGACUCGAAAGGAUUUGCGCGGCUGUACAACUUUGUGUACGUACCUGCCGAUUUCCGAACCCACGCAAGCAAAGGAUAUGCGUUCGUGAAUCUGGUUUCCACAGAGGAGGUGCAGCGCUUCAUGCUUGCCUUCAAUGGCUUCAGGGAUUGGCCUGUCCCGUCUACGAAGAUAUGUUCUGUCGAUCUGUCUCGGACGCAGGGCAUAGAACGUAAUAUCAGACUGCAUCAGAACAGCGCUAUCAUGGGUGAUGAGGUUCCCGAGCGAUUCAGGCCUGCGCUCUUCGAUGGGGCAGUGCGAGUCGCUUUCCCAGAGCCCGCGAGGGAGUUGCAGCUGAUUGAAAACCAGUGCGACCAGCGCAACACAGGUUUGGAACAGCGCUGUCAUGGGCGACGAGGUCCCCGAUCAGUUCAGGCCAGUGUUUUUCGAUGGGACACGACGAAUCCCUCUCACAGGGCCCAAGGUAGAGCUGCCUAG